AUGUCCUCCUCAACCGCCUCCUCUUCCCCUGGCCCUACCGCCGCAUCCAUCACCACCGCCGGCCACACUGGCACCACCACGGCCGCGGACUCGGACGCCUACUGGGACUGGUCCGAGGACGAGGACGAGGACGAGGCGGAGCAGGAGCGCGAGCGCCCCGAGCCCGCGUGUGAGUCCCACCAGGGCAGUGACUCCCACCCUGCCACGAAGAGCAAGUGCCGCGCCGCCAAGGACAUCGGCAACAAGGACAAGGCUGUCAAGACGAGGAAGACCUUGACGUCGCACAGCACCCUACCGGGAGGCAGGGCCUGCAGCAAGCCCAAGAAGAAGGGUGGCAACAGGCGCGCCAGCAGCGCCAAGGUCGACACUUUGAUCCGCCCGGAGUGGGAGGCCAAGUGGGCCAAGAUCGCCGAAGAGGACGCAAAGGCCGCCGCCGACGCUGCCGCCGCAGUCGAGGCGGAACGCGCGGCCCUGCGCAAGCGCAUCCUCGACUCCAAGCGACGCACCCCUAGCCCCGGCCCCCAGAUCUCCAGCAGUGACUGGCAGAGCAAAGCCCGCAACAAGCCGAUUUACCACGACUUCGGUUGGUAG